AUGCGAAGAGAUCUAGAAUCGCGUGAGGCCGACGACACUCCGAGCAAUUUUUCGCGAUCUGGUGCGAUAUCGCUCAAAUCUGAGUCAAUCGGCGCCAAUCUGAGGGCGAAUGAGGAUCGGAGGCCAGGGAAGGAGGCAUAUCUUCUCAGAGAAGAGGCUAGGGUUUUCAGACUUGGAGAUGUUGGCCAGAAUCGUGGGGAACCGCACAAGGAAGGGCAUAUUAGACUGCCGAAGGGGAAGUGGGCUGUGGUCAGAGGGGGAGCGGCGGUCUCGCGCGGCAACGUUUGGGGCGCUGGGCUCACAAUUUCCGGCGCGGCUAAGGCUGGGCUUGGCGAUUUGGCUGCGGUUUGGACUGGGACACAUGAUUCCGGUGAUGUUGAGGCUGUUUCCAGCCGGAAUAAUAGUGACCCACUCAAUUCCGGUGAUAUUAUGUUUAGGACAUGGAAGUUUGGCUCAAAACCUUUGGGGUUGGGCUUAAAAAUUUCAAGGAAAAUGGGACCAAUUUCAACUUGCCUAAGAUUGAGCAGUUUUGAACUUUCUGGAAAAUUGCCUGAUUCAAUUGGAAACCUUAAGUCCUUGACUAUCUUGAAUCUUGGAGAGUGUAAUCUUUCAGGCACCAUUCCUUCUUCUAUUUCGAACCUUUCUCAACUCCAACGUCUUGAUCUGUCAAUAAAUAGCUUCAACGGUCCGCUUCCAACUAAUUUGGGAAACCUAAAAAAGCUCACUGUUCUUUACCUUUAUGGCAAUGAAUUCAUAGGUGAUUUGCCACGUUUACUUAGAAACCUCACGCAAUUGGAGGAGUUACAUCUUUCCUACUGUAACUUCGACAGCCAAAUUUUGAAUUCAGUAACAAACCUCGUGAAGCUGAAAAAAUUGCUACUUAGUGAUAGUAGUUUCGUUGGUCAAGUUCCCUCUUCGCUUGGAAACUUAACACGACUGGAAGAUUUGGAACUUUCAUCGAAUAGAUUUAAUGGGGAACUUCCCUCUUCACUUGGAAAUCUCACAAAACUGAAGCGCUUUGAUCUUUCACAAAAUAGUUUUAGCGGUCAUAUUCCGUUUUCACUUGGAAAUCUCAUGCAACUAGAAGAUCUAGAUCUUUCAUGGAAUAGUUUUAGCGGUGAAAUCCCGCCAACCCUUGGAAACCUUAGGCAACUAGGCCUUUUGCGUCUUUCGUACAAUGUUUUAACAGGAGACUUUCCAUUAUCAUUGGCGAAUCUAAAUCGUCUCUCGGUCUUGGAUCUUUCUUGUAACCAAUUGACAAAGCUCUUUGAUCCUUCCAAUGCAUUGGAGAAACUUGCAGGUCUCACUUCUCUUGACUUGUCAAACAACUCAAUUGCCGGAGCCAUUCCGUCUUCCUUAUUCAGAAUACCUCUCUUGGAAGAGCUACGGCUUGACCAAAACCAGCUCACCUCUCUUGAAUAUGACAACAUCUCUUCAAGCUCAUUGUGGUCUCUUGAUCUUCGUUUUAAUAAUUUAACCAUUGAGUUUAGCAUCUUCUCAGAACUUAGCCACCUCUCAUGUCUCUAUCUGUCGCACAACAACAUAUCAAUGCCAAACGAAGGUGUGAAUGUCACUUUUCCCAAAUUUAGUGUGUUGGAGUUGUCUUCGUCAAACAUAAAGCGGUUUCCAGAUUUCCUGAAAACGCAAGAUGAAUUAGCUCACUUGGAUCUUUCCAACAAUAAAAUUUCAGGCAAAAUUCCCAAAUGGUUCUGGACAAUAGGGAAAAGUUUUAUGUCUGAAUUGUAUCUUUCUGACAAUUUUAUCGACGGGUGGGAAGAAUCCCCUUCAGUUACUCCAUGGGAGACAUGGCGCUUGUUAGACUUACACGCUAAUAACUUAACUGGAGCAGUUGAUCCCAUACUUUGUAAAAUCGGACUCCUUGUUCUUGAUCUCUCCAAGAAUCGCUUGAAUGGUACCGUUCCUCAAUGUUUCGGUAACUCAAGUGAACUCGUGGUGCUGCAUUUGCAAGAUAAUAACUUUCAUGGAAACUUAUCCAAUAAUAUGUUCACAGAAUAUGGUUGUGAGAUAUUUAAGGCAUUGGAUCUUAGCCACAACCAUUUGCAAGGCAAGGUUCCACAGUCUUUGAUCAAAUGUCAAAAGUUGGAACUUCUGAAUCUCGGUUACAAUCAAAUGAGUGAUGUGUUUCCUUCAUGGCUGCAAAAUUUGCCAAACUUGAGGGUUCUUAUGUUGGUAUCAUAUAAAUUCCAUGGUCCUAUAUGGUCUCCAAACAAACCUUUGGCGUUUGCAGAAUUGCAAAUUCUCGACCUCUCUUUUAAUCAUUUUAGUGGACUUUUACCAUCGGAGUUCUUUAAGAAUUGGACAUCCAUGGCAAAAGCUCCUUCUGAUCAAGAGCCAUACACUACUUUUUUAAAUACAUAUUUGCCUGCAAUGGGUGGUAUCAGUUAUGACGAGCCGGUGACGGUGAUCGAUUUGGGCAACGAACUGGCGUAUUCAAAAAUUUUACCUAUCUUGGUGUGCAUUGAUCUUUCCAAUAAUAGAUUUCGCGGAGAAAUUCCAAGAUCUUUAGGUAAUCUUCGGUCACUGGUUGCGCUCAACUUGUCAAGCAACAAUUUCAGUGGCCCCAUUCCAUCAUCUUUGGGGCAAUUGACUGAACUUGAGUCAUUGGAUCUUUCCACAAACAAGCUCUCAAGUAGAAUUCCUCAGGAACUAACCGAGCUCACAUUUCUUCAAUAUCUUAGGCACUGUUCACUUCGCUGA